AACGUUUCAAGUUCUUGGUUUCAUGAUUUUAAACAAAUGUAAAAUGGUGUUCGUGGAAAUAAAAACGAUACUAAAGGACAAUCGUAAUGCGUAUAAAAAUUAUAGUUAGAAUACAUUUCACUCUUGGUUAAUCUUUUUUUAUAUAUAUAUAUAAUGUAUCAUUUGCAUUACAUUGUUCCAGUAUAAACUUAUUAAUAAUUUAAAAUAAUAAUAGGCUAAUAAUAAUAAUAAGGCCUACUUCGUUUUUAAACAAGACAUGAAAAACAUAACCCUCUCUGACCAAGGUGAAGACACAAGCUAGAUUUAAGUAGUUUAAUUCGAAAUUUAUUUGGCCGUUCACACAGCGUACCUAGCUGAAUUAACCACUGCUCUAUGAUUUUGAGAACAUUAUACAUAUCAAUUGAAUUAACCACUGACCUAUAUAUAUAUAUAGAUCAGUGGAAUUAACCCAGCGCCUGUAGCUCGCGCCGCGCGUAUUUCAAAUUUCGCAUUUUUUGAAUCUCAGCAUGAACAUUCCAUUACGUCACCAACCUAGAGCUCAGAACUGGCUUCAUAUCUGUGAGAGAGAGACAGCGGGAGCACGUUUAGCUACAUUUUACGCAUUUAUAGACAACAUUUGUACAAAUCGACUUGCUAAGUCUAGUGUGUGAUAAUAUUCAACAACCAUACACAAAGAAUUUACAGAUUCUACAGACAGUCUUUACGGAUUUGACUGCUCUGCAUCGGACAUCAUGUCGAUGACAUCAUCUGAGAUCAGUGCAGCUGAGAGUGAAGGUGGCCCUGAUGGCCUUCAUGGCUCCAGAAGUGACACGUUCUCCAUUGAGUUAGCAGCUUUUAAUAGGCUGCAUGUGUUCGAUCUAGGCACCAUCAGAGUCUAUGAUGAGAUAGAUGAUAGUAAUGAUGGUGAUUACACAGAGCAGUCCAGUCUUGGCAGUGACACAUCUGAAGAUGAAAUAGGGGCGAGUGUGGUCAGCUUUGAAUCGCACUCUGAUGAAGGAGGAUUUCUUGGUAGACUGAAUACACAAAUGCAUUGUGGCAGCAUAUUAACACUUAACAGAGGAAGUGAUGAUAGUCUGGAUUUGCUGAGCAUCAGCAGCACGUCCUCUUGUAAAACCCAAAUCAUCUACCGUGCUCCAAUGCACAAUGCACCCUUCAUCCCCCACUCCAAUUUUGUAGACACUGCAUGGCCUUCAGUUACGUCAGAGUCUACUUCUAUAGGAAUGACGCCUGUAGACUCUGUGGACAACAGCACAGAAAACCAUGUCAGUCUAAGAAAGAAGAUGAAGAACAGGAUCGGUUCGUUUUUCAAGAGGGCAUGGAAAGCUAUAAAGCGUCCUUCCCUCAGUUGCAAGACCAGAAAAGAGCCGGACCCAGAGCCGGCCGAUCCUGAAUCAUCGUGUUCUGCAGGGCCCUCUGGUUUCAAGCCAACUGAUGAAUUUGAAGAGUUUGGUUAUGAAACGGGAGGCUUUAGCACAGGGUAUAAGGAAACCCCAACAUCUAGUGGCGAACAGACAGAAGAUGCUGAUUGCCUAGAUGUGUUCAGCCUUAGCAGCGGCACAUCCGAAGAUGACAGUGGGCAGAGUGUGUUCAGUUGUGACCUCCUCUCUGUUCAGAGAGGAAACUUGGUCCAUAGGCUGGGUGAAUGGAGCCCUGACAGCGACCUCUUCAUAUGUGAAGGUGGAAGGGAUGAUAACAUGGAUUUGUUAAGUAUUAGCACUGGCACAUCCUACACUGAGGAACGAAGAAUCGCUUGGCAGAAUGUUCCUGCUAUAGAAGCAUGUGCAUGUUCGGACUGCAGGAACAUGUACUCAACAGGGCCUUCAAUGAGUGACAUAGAGGCUUCUCCUGUAGACACUCUGGAGAACAGCACAGGGAGACAUACCAAUUUAUGGAAGAAGAUGAAGAAUGGGAUCUCUUCAUUCUUCAAGAAAGCUCCGAGAGCUAAGUGUCCCUCCUUCUGCUGUUGCUGCUGCGAGACCAGAGUGGAGCCAUUUGUGCCUCAAGCAGAGGACUUAGAGCCAGACCCACAGCCGGCUUAUCCCAAACCAUUCUUUGUUGCAGAGCCCUCUGGUUUUAGGACAAUUGAUGAUUCUCAAGAGUUUUAUUAUAAAAUGGUAAUGUUGAAACCAGGAAGCUUUGGAUUUCUGUGAAGCAAUUUCAACUAAUUGGACCCCAGUGAAGGCAGCAGAAACCUCAAGCCCACCACAUCAGGACCAGAGAGUGCAGAUCUGUCUUCAUCUGCUAGCAUGGCCAUAUUAACAAUGCAUUUAUAUUAUUAUUAUUUUUUAAUAAUAUUAAUAAUAGUAUGUACAUUUUCUGAAGAACUGGCUGGUGCUUGCCAUUUCAAAACUGGGCACUAUGGUCUUUUUUGCAUGUUUUAGGUUUGCUUUUAGCAUGUAGCUAUUUUAUACAUGUCUAUGUAGCCAUUUCGGGCAGCGGUUGUGCCCCAGGGGUACAACUUAUACCCCAUUGUGAGGUGUGUUCUCACACAGCUUGCCAGCCUCUUCAAAUGUGGUAAACCACAUGUUUUUACAAAAUCCUCGUUCGGUGCUAUAACCCGUCAAAGUUGGCCACAAGUCUAUGGAAGUCAGU